AUGUUUGAUCUUCUCAACACAGCCACAUCCUCACUCAGCAUUGCCUCAGCAGCAGCAGCAGCAGCUCUCAGCAUCGCAGGUUAUCUCAGGUACAAGCAGUACAUUGACCAAUGUCGGAUCACCGUAAUAACUAGCGACUCCAAGACCUCCAUUAUACUCCGACAAACUGACAAGGAAGGCGUCGUGACGCUCCACGAUAUCCUACAUCGCAAAUGCCCAUCGCUGACGGACGCGCAACAAGCAUACAUGAUCCCAACACCUUAUCUCAGCACGGGGCUGCUGCAAACCAUCUACGCUACCUUGCGGAUCCGGCAACGCGAUCAAAGCAGCGAUAUAAAAUAUGAGAGGGAGCUUUUAGUGAUGGAAGAUGCGGCUACGGUGUCUUUGGAUUGGUAUCCGGGGAUUGAUUCUUGCCAGGAGCCUGGUAAUCAGCCGAUAGUUAUGAUUAUGUCUGGGGUUGGCGGAUCCUCGCACGAAUACCAUAUUCGCGUCGUUGUUAAGGCCCUGGCUCUGUCCUUAUUGCACUUUCGCGUUGUUGUUGUGAAUCACCGUGGUACCGCAAGAACGCCGAUUACUUCGGCCACCCCAUAUGAUUCUGGGUUUACGGAGGACUUCCGCACAACUGUCGCGCAUGUGCGCGAGCGUCACCCUUGCAGCAAGCUGAUUGCCAUUGGGUUCUCGAUGGGUGCGAAUAUCUUGACCAAAUAUAUCGGCGAAGAAGGAACCAGCUGUGUGCUAAGCUGCGCUGUCACUAUCUGCUGUCCCUUUGACAUUGCAAUAUCCGGUGCGGCUCUGAAUGAGAACAAUAUGCUGAAUAACUAUGUUUUCCAACCGGCAGUCAUGGGUGCGCUAAUGCGGGCGAUCAAGCGCGCUGGCCAUUUAUGUUUGAAUCCCGCAUUGGGAUUGGACCAGGAGCGGAUCCGGAAUGCUAAGAGACUGUGGGAGCUCGAGGAGGAGUUUAUGGUGAAAAUCCGCGGGUAUAGGGAUCUGGAGGAAUACUAUGUGCGCAGCAGUAGUGCGAAUUUCGUCGAUAAUAUUGAUGUGCCCUUUUUGGCUAUUAAUUCUUUGGAUGAUCGGAUCACGCCUCCGCAGGGGAUACCUGUGGAGAAGUUUAGGAGGAAUCCGAAUAUUGCUUUGGCACUGGUGCCGCAUGGUGGCCAUUUGGGGUUUUUGACCGGUGUGCCUCCGAGAAUUUGGUUUGUGAAGCCGAUUGUAGAGUUUAUUUCGGCUGUUGUUAGUUAG